AGGCUAGGGUUUUUCAUCCAUCAGGCACAAAAUGGGAAAUUUGUUCGUGAAGAAGCCUCGCGUCACGGAUGUGGAUCGGGCGAUUCUCACGCUCAAGACGCAGCGGCGGCGCCUCGCGCAGUAUCAGCAGCAGGUCGAGAUUGUGAUCCAGAAGGAGCAGGAUGCCGCGCGGCAGCUGGUUCGAGAGAAGAGGAAGGAUCGAGCGUUGCUAGCUCUGAAGAAGAAGAAGGCGCAAGAAGAGCUUCUCAAGCAAGUGGAUGUUUGGCUUGUAAAUGUCGAACAACAGCUAGCAGAUAUCGAGAUCGCUGCCAAGCAAAAGGCUGUUUUUGAGAGUCUAAAAGCUGGCACCCAAGCGAUCAAAGACCUCCAAAGCGAGAUCAACAUCGAUGACGUCCAAAAGCUCAUGGAUGACACAGCGGAAGCCAAGGCUUACCAAGACGAAAUCGAUGCCGUGCUGGGACAGAAGCUCUCAACAGAAGACAACGAGGAAGUUCUAGCUGAACUUGCCGAGAUGGAAGUGAAGAUGGCUCUGGAGGACAUGCCCGCCGUUCCAGACGUCCCGAUGACGGACAGACCCGAAGCAGCGGAGCCAGCUAAAGUUCCAGUUGCCGAGCAAGCCGAGACACGAUACUCCGACAUCGAGGCAGUGAUGGGAAGCAGGCAGAAGAAACCCGUAGAGGACGACGAUGUAGAUAUGCUCGAUCUUCCAGAAGUUCCCAGCACAAUACAGAGAAGGAAAAAAGAAGCGGCCAAGGCGCGUGUGGAUCCAUUGGUAGCAUAAGAACAGUAGAUUUUAUUAGGCGGCCACUGUUCCUGGCACCAAAAGCAGCCAUUACGCGAUUGUCUGUAUUAACUUCUCUAGAUUUAGCGGCAUUUUGCCGCUUUCUUUUC